UCAGCUAAGCCAAACGGGCUCAUUGUCCUCUCUAUUUCUCCUGCUUUCCUUUUCUAAGAAGCGGUCUCUCUCUCUCUCUCGUUUGAUUCCCAACAAUUUUUUUCAAGUUUGUCUGAAGAGGAGAUAGAAAUGGUUAGGGAAGUAUCAGAGAGCUGUGUGGAGAGUUUACUGACAGAGAUCGUGUCUUCCUACUGCAAUGGCUUCUAUGCUGACAAACCUGAGCUUGCCGCCCGACGCAUCGAAGCCAUCGGUUUUCAGGUCGGCCACCAACUUUCCGAGAGGUAUACUAUGGAUAGGCCCCGGUUCACUGAUCAUUUAGAGGCUAUCAAAUUCAUAUGCAAGGACUUCUGGUCUGAGGUCUUCAAGAAGCAAAUAGACAACCUGAAGACAAAUCACAGAGGAACCUUUGUGUUGCAAGACAAUCGUUUUCGUUGGCUGUCACGGAUGUCAGUUGAUCCUUCUAUUGAAACUCUUGGUUCUAUUCAAGACCCUUCAGCCAUGGCUGAAAACAAAGCAGCACAAGCCAUAGGAAUGCAUCUCUAUUUCCCAUGUGGAAUCAUUAGGGGAGCACUUUCAAACCUUGGAAUUCCUUGUGCAGUUUCUGCAGAUAUAUCUAAUCUUCCUGCCUGUUCAUUUGUCAUACGAAUAAAAGCAUGAUGUGCUUUUGCAAGAAGAAUGAAUUAUCCUCAGGUUUCGGCAGUUACUUUCUGUUCUUAAUAUGUUCAAAGUCUCUCACCUAAAUCUCCUAUUUUCUGUUACGACUUUAAAGAGCUAGAGUUUUUCAAAGACAUGGAGGGUUGUAUAGGUAUUCUGAGUACAAACUUUCUUCUGCAUGAUACCGCAAACUUUUACAUGGACUCCCUCUCACCAGCAAACUUGAUGAUAUAAAUUAUCUUCAAAUCA